AUGCUGGAGAAGAGUACUCGAAGCAUAGGGGAUUUCCAAGCUUCGCACGUUUGCACCGCUUGUGGAAAGAGGUACAAGUGGUUGGACAGCCUGAAGAGGCACAUAAGAGUCGACUGCGGCAACAAGGAGAAGCAAUUUUCGUGUCACGUGUGCCACAGGAAGUUCAGAUACCGAUACGAACUACGAAAUCACAUUGUCCUGUCUUAUGGCAUGUCGUCUGGAUUUCAAUCUUACUCGAGCGCUCCGCAACACCAGCAGGACGCGGAACCAUCGCGCAGCAGCGACGGGAUCCUGCUGAACAUUUGUUUCGGUUGCGGGAGGAGAUACAAGUGGAGGGACAGCUUGCUGAGGCAUCAAAGGGUCGAGUGUGGUAACAAGGAAAAAAAAUUCUGUUGCACGCUGUGCCCGAAAAAAUUCUAUCACCAACCGGAGCUACUCGCCAGGUGCAGCGAUCAACUGGUACUAUCAGUACCGAACACUGUACCUGAGAAUGGUAGCGGAGAAUCAGAUGGCGGAGAACGCGACCGCCCAGAACAAGAGCCCAGUCGUGGAACAGGACUCGGAGAGCUGGCCGAACAAGCCGGUCGUCUCGGAGAAGACGUCCGAGAAGAUAUUGAACGAGGCUUCGGGGAAUCACACGGCGUUUGGCGCUCGCGACUCGUCGGAGUACUCGUGCCCGCGGUGCGGAAACGCUUACUCUGGAAAGCGCUGAAGGAUUUGGAAGACGGGCCGCCAUUUUUGUGCCCGAAAUGCGGCCGCACUUACACACACAAGUGCAACCUGACGAGGCACUUGCGCCUCGAGUGCGGCGUCGGGCCGAGAUUUCAAUGCGCGUGGUGCAAGAAGCGGUUCAAGCAUCGACAUCACCUGCGGGACCAUCAGAGGAUUCAUCUUUACAACAACUGCAACUUCAAGUCGCGAAACUGAAACAUUUCUCUCCUGUACAAACAUUUGGUUGUAGAAUAUCCAGUCUUUUCUUCAGCGACUCGCGUGUUUACUAUUUACUCAUUUGUUAACUUAUUUACCUGUUUAUUUAUUCGAAGCCGGCGAGACGUUCGUAACAGCGAUCUCAGUUGUUCGUCGAAGGAAAAUGUGUUGAAUUAAUGCGUAUAAAAAGGUAUUGUUAUAUUUCUGCUGUUUUGGAUAUUUUAAGUAUUUAAUCUUUCUUUGACAGAAGGAAUAGUCGCUCGAAUAUUAUUUGUUUUGUUGCGUAUGCGGAUAUGACGCAUAAUCGUGGGUAUAAAUUCGUUGUUGUUCUAUAAAUCCUAUCGUUCCAUCGAUGUUCGUGGUAAUUUAAUUCUUACGUAAGUAAGGUAAGUCGAGAGAUAAAACUACAAAGUACGUAGUACAUAUAUAGGGCAUUUAGACAGAAGGGAGAAACGUAUAGACAGCGACGAAUAUCCAUCUGUGCUAUUUUCGAGGCGUGUAGUUUUACUUUUGUGCUCAAUACAAGUCAUUAUUAUAACUGUAAGGACAAAGGAUGUAUUCUUGUUGUUCGUGAAAUCACCGAAGAUGAGUCCUUUGUUCUUACGAUAUUGUUUUAUCUUUUACCCAUUUUAUAUGUAAGGAAUUCAAGUAUUCGAAUAUAAAAGAAACGAAUUAUUCGAUCUAGGGUAAAAUUGCCGAGUCGGAUAUUCAGCGGUGUCCGAGAUGUAAGAUUCGGAGCUAGAAUAUUUUCAAUGUUUGUGAUCAGUGUGAUUGUCGCGUCUGCGCAAAAGACAAGGUAUUAAUAAAGUAUCUAUUAGCGUGUAAGUCGUAAUCGUACACCGUGCGUAGACGGUAUAGAUAUAUUUGCGAAUCUGUAGAGACUGGAAUGACACGAGUGUACAGAAACAGCCUGUUGGCCGUAAACGAAUCCGUCUCAAUUUUUUGUAAUCCGGUGCUCUAACUACAUAAUAAGAGGAGCCAUCGAGCCAAGCGAAUCGAAGAGAUGUUUCGGAAGACAGAAGUGCAAAUACCUCUUAAUUGUGCCAAAGAUACGAUCUAGUUUUUACGUUCGAGAGAUCAACACAACAAACGCCUUCGCGAAGCAUCUCGUUAACGAUUACGAGAAAUUCAAACCUUCCUAAGCGAAUAAUAGUGCAAUACGAGCUAGCGUAAACGUACGUUUUAAAUACGCUUCGAAGUUUUCCUAGUUUACAGAACCGAUGCUCCUACGACGAUAAAUUGUAAACAGAGAUGGUAGAACAUUAUUCGAGCAACAGACGCCGAGUAAACAAUUUGUACAACGCAAUGGUAAUUGAUUCAGCUUGAAGCACGAUUUGAUUUUAUAGUAUACUCAUCUCUAGUAUCCAAAGUAACAUUAGAAAAUUCAAUCGCAACACGCGAAAAAACAACGAAACACGAGAGGAGAUUAUAUUUCGUACGACACUUACUCACUUAUCUAACACGGUGCUUCCCAAUAGACGUGGGAAAAUUCGGAAUAAAUUUCUGAAGUGACUCCAAUUGGAAAGGAACUUAAUGUAACAAAAUGGGCUGAGAAGCACUGUUCUAACAGACGCGGAUGAACUAUUUUACCGUAGUUUGCGCGUUCCUUAGAAAGCAGAGGACUUCAGUUGAAAUAGCAAGCGAAAUAAAGAGCUUCCGAAUGUCCGCUCACGGUAAUGCAAUUACAAGUACAAGUUUAUACGAAUCGCCUAUACGUACGUUCGAGAUUUAUAAAUCGAAUGUCACGAAUGCGUUAAUUGAGAUUAGAAGUACUUAAGCACGAUGCUAAAAAGCUGCGCGUUGUUUAAGUAGCCGAACGAUUACGUUAACGUUAAGCCAAGCUUUACAGUUCCUUUGAUGUCCGUAGCACGAACGAAACUAUGUACAGUUAGAGAAAAGUUGUCACGAGAUAAAGCGCAAAGUUAUCUUUUAUAGACAGAGCAGAAACGGCAAGCUUUCCGACUAUGUUACGAGCCAGCUAUUUAUUUCAACUGCUCGACGAGUAGCGUGUUGCGUUUACUUAACAAAAGACAUCGUGUACCUUUGCAAAACAGAAUAAAUUUACUUUUUA